UUUUUACAACCCCCCCACAAAAAGUGUCAUGGCGACGCCCAGAGCAGACGACUGGAGUUGGUUUCCUGCAUUAGCACUCGGCGUUUCUUUCCUGAAAUGUAUUUUGAUAAACGCAUAUCAUUCCACAGACUUUGAGGUUCACAGGAACUGGCUCGCCAUUACUCACAGCCUUCCUGUGUCAAAAUGGUACCAUGAGAACACCUCAGAGUGGACCCUGGACUACCCUCCUUUGUUUGCCUGGUUUGAGUAUAGCCUGUCCCACGUGGCUCAGCAUUUUGACAAGGAGAUGCUGGUGGUGCAGAAUCUCCUCUACACCAGUCCUGCUACCAUCCUUUUCCAGAGGCUCUCUGUCAUCGUGACGGACAUAGUCUUCAUUUACGCUGUCAAAGAAUGCUGUAGAAGUGUGAGAGAAGAGAAGGGUUCCAAGGACCUCCUGGGGCAUCCAUUUUUCAUCCUGGCAGCUCUGCUUUUGUGGAACUUUGGCCUCCUCAUCGUUGACCACAUUCAUUUCCAGUACAAUGGAUUCCUGUUUGGAAUACUACUGCUAUCAGUGGCAAGACAUUUACAGGGCAGACACCUGGAGGGGGCGUUGCUCUUCACUGUUCUCCUGAACCUGAAACACAUCUACCUGUACAUUGCUCCUGCCUACGGGAUCUUCCUGCUGCGGAGCUACUGCUUCACCGAGGACAACACAGAUGGCUCUGUGAGAUGGAGCAGUUUCAGUCCUGUUCGUCUGGUAGCUCUGGGAUCUAUCGUGAUCUCUGUCGGCGCCCUGUCCUUUGGUCCGUUCAUUGCUAUGGGCCAGCUCCCCCAGGUCCUUUCCAGACUCUUCCCCUUUAAGAGGGGCCUGUGCCACGCCUACUGGGCCCCUAACGUCUGGGCCCUCUACAACAUGGUGGAUAAAGCUCUGUCUGUGCUGGGUGUGCGUCUGAAGCUGUUGGAUGUGGCAAAGCUUCCCAAAGCCUCAAUGACUGGUGGAUUGGUGCAGGAGUUCCAGCACUCCAUCCUCCCCUCCGUCUCUCCCUCCAUCACACUCAUCUGCACUCUGCUCUCCAUAAUGCCUGCAGUGUUGAGUAUCUGGUGUCGUCCGCGUGGUGCCCGGUUCCUGCGCUGCCUGGUGGUCUGUGCCCUGGGCUCCUUCAUGUUUGGCUGGCAUGUCCACGAGAAGGCCAUCCUCAUGGCCAUACUGCCCUUCAGCAUACUAGCAGUUGAGAGCAGAGAGGAUGCUGGGAUCUUCCUGAUGCUGACCACCACGGGGCAUUACUCUCUGUUUCCACUUCUCUUCACUGCAGCAGAGCUGCCCAUCAAAGUCCUGCUGAUGCUGCUGUUCACGCUCUACAGCUUCACCUCCUUAAAUAAACUGUUCAGGGGUUCCCUCCUUAACCCUCUGGAAACCACCUACCUCCUGGGCCUGGUUGCCGUAGAGAUCCUAUGUGAGGUUGUUUACCCUCUGUCGCCGUGGCAGCAUACCCUGCCCUUCGUGCCCUUGCUGGUGACAUCGGUGUACUGCUCUCUGGGAGUCUCUUACUCCUUCAUACGCCUCUACGUCUCUCUAUUGAGGCAGCACGGGACAGACAAACACAAACAACUAUGAGACAGAGAGAGACACUAGUGAGUAGUGACCAAUUCACAAUCAACCCCUUUGUUGUAUCCCAAAUAGUAUGCUAUUCCCUGUGUAGUGCAUUACUUUUGACCAGGGCCAUAUAGAAUGUCAUUUGUGAUGCACUCUUUGUCUUACAUGCACUCUUUGUCUUAAAAAAGGUGGUGUUUCAAACUUUCUGCGAUGCUGUUACUAGUCCAUCCAGAGCAGAUCUUCAAGUGUGCAUCUAUAAGUGUAGAUUUGGGAUGGGAAACACCAAGGAACAGUCACUUAUAAAUGCACACUUGAAGAUCGGCUCUUGAAGGAUGUAUCAUAGCAUGAAUAAUAUGUCUGUCUGAAUGUGUGGAGAAAAAAAAACUUGUACCAAAUGUAUCUCAAAUGACAAUGGAAAAGUGGGGAAAUAGUAUGGAAUGGGAUGAACUUCAUGCUGUAUUUCUUGUUUACAAAUAAAAAGAUCAUAAACAGA